AUGAUGGAUAGAUUUCAGAAUGUUGAAUUUUUGAAUAGUUUUUAUAAAGGGUUACUAGAAAUAGCAUUGCUUUAAGAAUAGAGGGCUAUGCUGAGUAGUAGAUCGCCUGGGAGAGGCAGAAAAAGUUUUUCAAAGUACUUGAGCUAUAAUAUUAGGAAUAUCAAUUGGAUAGUAAGGCUUGGCAAAAAAUGUUAUUGAAAAUCUAGUAAUUUCCAAACAAUUUGCGGUUUCAUUUUUAAAGCCAAUGUUCCUAUUGGUGCAACAACUAAGACAGUCUCUAGAGAGUAGAAGUGGAAUCUUUAUGACCUUUAUUUUUAAUACCAGAGACGAAUAAGUAAUAAAAUUGGUUGUGGACAAUUUUGAAGAGUGUAAAAGUGAGAUCUUUGGAGCAUGUACUUGGGUGAACAGAAUUGAUGAAUAGAUAGUUUAAUGUAAACAGAAAUAUCCAUUUUAGUUUUUUAUUCGAAUUAAAUAAUAAGGUCCUCAAAUAUUAUUUAAGUGGAUUAAGACGGUGUUGAUGAACAAUAAGAAUCUUCUGAAUCUUCAAUUGAAAUAGAUCCAAAUGAGGAAAUAUAAAAAUGGAUUUGUUAGAAGAACAUACCUAUGGUGAAUGAAUAAUUAGAUUACUUUAGAAGUUUUGAAUAUUUGGACUUGAUUUUCAAAUAUAUUUUUGAUCCUUGUCAUUUCAGUGCAAUACAUGAAUGGGUAAGUAUUUCAUUUUCUAUUGUUUUAGGAACACCAUUACGAAGAUAUUUAAAUUAAACACACUUAAAAUUCAAGGAAAUUAAAUUAAAAUAAAGACAUAGAUAAAUUAUUAUUACUUCGCUCAUUGAAGACUAUAAAAAUACUUAUGCAUGAAAACAAUUACCCAAUCAUUACUAAACUUGUACCAUAAUUUCUAUUUAAAUUAUGUAACUUUUAUUUAAUUAUUAAUUUAGUUCAUUAUAUUUACGAUUCCUUAAAUGAUUAUGAGAGAAACAUUGAUUUAAAUUAGAUUGCAUUUAUCUUAGACUUUCUAUUACAGACAAAUCCUCGACAAUCUAUAUUGAUGAUAGUAGAAUUUAAUUUGAUGUUUCAAUUGGUUUCCAUUAUAUAUAAUGAAAAUAUAGCCAUGCUUGUAUAGAGUAUCAAUUUAUCAUUAUAAUUAAGAAAUAAUCUCGGAUGAAUAUGAUAUGGGGAAUUAUGUGUUUGAUCAUCUUUGGUAAUACUUAGAUUGCACAAAUUGGAUUUCAUAUUUCCUUAGUAUAGCCUUAUCAUUGCAAGUAGAUACAUUCAGAGCUAAUAAAAAUAAUCAAAGUGAUAAAACAGUUUAAAUUGUUGGUUUGUUAAAACAAUAGAUAAAUUAUGACAGGUUAAUUCAUUAAGAAGAAAUAAAUGUGGAUGAAAAGAAAUUAUUAACAGAUUACUUAGGUUAGUUACAAGCAGGAAAGAACUACGUUUAGUUUUAUAGUAUGAAUCAACUAAAUUGGCAUAUGAACUAAAAUGUUAAAGAGAAUAUAACUGUAAGUGAAUUAUUGGGUAAAGACAUAGACAACUUAAUGCAAUUUAGAACAGAGAGAUAGAUGUAUUAAUCAAAAGUUUAAAUGUCAAUAAGGGAAAAACUUUUUGUCCCUCAAAUGACAUAAUAAGAAACAAAAUUUAUUAGAGGAAAUAGUAAAAGGUAAAUUAAGGAAACUUUACAAUAGAGGGAUUUGACCAAUAAAUAAAUUGCUCAAACUGUAAAAUUGCUGCCAAGGUUGACUAUUGGAAAUCAAGAGUUAUCAAAAUGGAUUAAUACAGGAAAGAAUUAGAAUAAUCUCAGUGUGGCAAUGUCUCCUAAGAGAACGCCAAGAAGCUUUCAAAUUAAAACUGAAUAGAGCACUGAUUUUUCUUCAUUCUAUGAAGGUUUUUCAAGUGGAAGACUAAAAGGAUUGUAUCCCAGUCCUAAGAUCUCGAUUUAAUCUAGUAGUUUUGAAAGAAAAGCUAAAAAAUUUCAAUCAGAUGUGAAACUUCUACCAACUUGCAUAUCUAUUUUAAAGUAAAUAAUACAGAGCAUCUUCUAAAACAUGAUGAGUCUUACAUCAUAGAAUAAAAAAUAAGCAUAACGAUUAAAAAUUGAAUAAGACAGCAUUUUACCAUCCUUUUUAAAUAAGGAAAUGUUGAGUUAGUUAUUCAGAGUUUAUUUAUAUGACAUAAAUAAUUAGGACAAAUCGAUAUCAGAUACAUCUUGUGAGUGUGGUUUGAUUAUAAAUGAAAUUUAUUUAAAUUGCAAAUAGCAUUCAGAACUUCACUAAUAUAAAUCUCUUUUAAAGUCUUGCUUUUAUGAAAUUGGAGAUUAUAUUUGUAAGGUAGUAGUUAAAUUGCACGAUUCUGAAUAACCAUAAAAAUUUAAAAGGCAUUUGCUAACAUCUACACUCUAAGAAGGUUUGAUCCUAUUUGGGGAACAAUAAGACACCCCUAAGAAUGUUUUUGGUAUCUUAAAUGAGACUGUCCUACAUUUACUGAUAAUUUGGUUCUUUGACAGUGAUUAAGCUAACGCCUAUUAGUAAACAUUUGUGAAGUAUUUACAUUUAUUAUAUUUAGGUUAUUUACCAUAAUAUUUUCAAGAGCCCCUCAGUAUUUGUUGGGGAUAAUCCUUUUUAAACUUGGAUUGAUUAGUUCUUUGUAAAAUGCUUACUUUAAUUUCUUUAUAAAUAGUGUAAAAUUUACAACAGGAGCUGAAAGUCUUUUUUUUUAUGUUAGUGUAAUGAUAUAUGCGAUUAAACGUUCUUUGCUAACGAGAAAAAUUGAAUCUAUCUUAAGUAACUUAGAACCUUUGAGUUCAUGGAAACAAUUCAAGGAAGUGGAAAUAGAUAAUAACUCAAAAUUUGUAUAGCACAUUGAAUGCAUAUUGUAAGAGCAUGAUGGAAAAACUCCAAGAUAAAUUAUAAAAAAGAAAACAAUUACAAUUCACUCUAAAAACGUUAUGUAAAGUCGAAGAUCAUAGUUAUAAAUGCAGUUUCAAAAUAAGUAAUUAUAUUAAUAAAGUUAGGUUUACUAUGCAAUAAGCAACAAACGAUAUUGUAAAUUUGAUGAGAGUAAAGGACAAAUUACUUCAUAAUAAGAAAAUUAUGCCUUCAUAAAAUAAUUAAUGA